AUGGCAAAUCCCAAGAUCCCCCUUCCUGAGUACCUAAAGGCCCUUACUACCCAUGGCCUAUCUAUGCAAAAGGCAAUGCAGAUAUCUGGUCAAAUAUACAAGACAUUCAACACUCCUGCUCAGCUUUCAGAAUUAUCUCAGCUAAAACUCAAGGCUUGCGGUAUUGAUGACAAGGACGACCGCAAAAUGAUCAUGUCUGCUAUCCGAAAGGCUGGGUAUAUCUCUGACUCACAGCAAGAAGCUGGCUCUAGUGACCAGCCUACGACAACUGUUGAAAAGCUGUCCACUCCAACGAAGAAACGGAAACAUGAAGCUAAAGACGUCAACGAAUUCUUACCGGAUGGUCCUACUGAUGAAGCCGCGAAAUACGGGAGCUUGGAUUUCAACGAAGUAUUGGAUAUAAAUGUCCUCCUUAAGAAGAGCACUAUUAUCAAUCGCGCACCUCUAAUGACCGCGUGGGCCAUGAUUGUUUCUGAGCGACUCGGAUUUCGGAGAGAAGAGGCUCUGAGUAUUGCCUCUGUAUACACCGAAAUGAAUGCUCUCUCCAAAGGAGUGUCGCUAGGAAUAUACCAGGACGGUAAACAGAAAGGCUUAGAUGCAAUAAAAGGCGGUUCCCAGCCUUACGUCGAGUUGAUGGGCAGAAGAAUGUAUGUCCUUCUUCCCCUCUAUCAAUCCCAGUCCAACCAAUGGCGCGCCCUGCUCAACGGCAAACCCGCUCAGCCCAGUUACCCUUUCUCCUAUAUAUCCCGAUCCUUUCGUCAAACAACACCCCAUAUAAUUGGGGCAUUACGACUGCUAGCAGAAAGCUUCGCUCCGAAGGAACUCAAUAACAAGGGUUGGGCUCUAUAUGCUGAAUUUCGACCCUCGGUAAACGGGUGGGGGGAGAGAUCCGAAGUUAAAUGCGAAACCAUACUAAGCUUACGGAAUACAGCCGUGAAACCCGCAGAGACAACUGGCGCAUCGAAGGAAGUGUUAUCAUCUCUCGACAUUGUACAGUUCGAGGAAUGUGCAUCAUCAAGCGGUAUCCAAGCACCCAAACGACAGAGGAUUUCUGACAACUAG